AGCGCAGCAGCAGCACAGACACGGUGAUACCAGCAACCACAGAGGCUGUGCAUGUUGUGGCAGAGGUGUAUCUGUGCUGCAGCUGUGGUCAUGGCUCAGAGGAGGGCUGCCGGUGGCUGCUGCUGCUCCAGGGCCCCCAUCAAUGAAGACAAUGCCCGUUUCUGCCUGCUGGCUGGACUCAUCCUGCUCUACUUGCUAUGUGGAGCGGCCAUCUUCUCAGCCUUGGAACAUCCCUUUGAACUCCGUGCACGCCGCCUCUGGAAACAACAGCUGGAUAACUUCACACAGCGAUACGGGGUCAACCUGGCGGCUCUGCACACUCUGCUCCGCCAGUACGAGGAGGCGAAUGGAGCUGGAAUCAGGGUUGAUGCUUUGAGACCCCGUUGGGACUUUUCUGGAGCGUUUUACUUCGUAGGCACGGUGGUGUCUACUAUUGGAUUUGGAAUGACCACACCAGCAACCAUAGGUGGAAAAACAUUCUUAAUUUUCUAUGGCCUGAUUGGCUGUGCUGCUACCAUCCUCUUCUUUAAUCUGUUCUUGGAGAGGAUAAUCACCAUGCUGGCUUACAUCAUGCGGUGGUGUCAUGAGCGCCGGUUGAGGUGUGGCGGGGUGGGUGUGGUGGCAAACACAGAGGAGUCUCCUGGUGAAGAGGAGGACAGCCUAGAAGGUUGGAAGCCUUCAGUCUAUUACGUGAUGCUGAUCCUGGGGCUGGCAUCAGUAGUUAUUGCGUGCAGUGCCUCCACUCUCUACAGCUCCAUGGAGAACUGGAGCUACGUGGACUCACUCUAUUUCUGCUUCGUAGCCUUUAGCACCAUCGGCUUUGGGGAUUUGGUGAGCAGCCAGAGAGAACACUAUGAGUCUCAGGGGGCCUACCGACUGGGGAACUGCCUCUUCAUCCUAAUGGGAGCGUGUUGUAUCUACUCCCUUUUCAAUGUCAUUUCUAUUAUCAUCAAGCAAAUUCUUAACUGGAUUCUGAGUAAACUGGUCUGCCAUCACAACUGCUCCUGUUCUCCAGCCAGUUGUUGGUGGCUCUGCUGUCCCUGCAUCCACAAAAAACAUCAUAACCGGAGUCAUCCGCCAGCACACCUCAGCCGAAAACGCUUAAAACGCAACACUGUCCAGCCCAUCUCAACCCAAUGCCCUGCUGGGAAACAUCGUUACAGAGACGGCUCAGUUGAGACCAUAUGUGACAGUGAAACAGAUGCCGGCGGAGUGGCAGACGGGGUUAAUAUAGGUCGUCAUCUGUCAGGGGAGAUGAUCUCCGUCAAUGAGUUCAUGGUAUCCAAUAAGGUGUCUCUGGCGCUGUUACAAAAGCAGCUGAGUGAAACUGCCCACCAGGGUCCACGGCAGAGCUAUGGGCAUCAGAAUGGAUUCUCUGGAGGUGUGGGCGCCCUGGGCAUCAUGAACAACCGACUACAAGAGACCAGCGUGGAUAGGUAACACCGUGGAGCUCCACACAACUCACUGAGAUGAUGUUGAUGUUGCUCUGGGUUUUCUAUACUGGAGUUCUAUUAAAUGUUCUUACUAAA